UCGGCGUCAUUGCGACGACGCGCGACUCCCCGUGGUAACAACUUCCGAACGCGAUGCCUCAGAUUCAGUACUCCGAGAAGUACUACGACGACAUCUACGAGUACAGGCACGUCGUGCUCCCGCCCGACAUCGCCAAGCUCUUGCCGAAGGGUCGUCUCCUGUCCGAGUCCGAAUGGCGCGGCCUCGGCGUGCAGCAGUCGCGCGGUUGGGUGCACUACGCGAUCCACCGCCCGGAGCCGCACAUCAUGCUCUACAGGCGACCUCUCAACUACGGCCAGCCCGCGCUGACGGACGCGGGGAACAAGGCGAACCAGCAGUGAGCAUCUCGCGUCGCGCGCGGGGAGGGCGACGUGGAGCCCUGAGGCGCGCGUUGGGAUGGGCGUGAGCGACCACGGGUGCUCACGAGGCGUCGACUGACGCGGGCGCGCGCGAAACGAAACGAAACGCGCGGCGGCGGCGGCGGUCGACGCGGGAGACGAGACGGGCGGGCGCGUUGUGUGACGACGACGACGACGACGACGACGAUAUGAGAAAUUCGGCGUCAGCGGGAUGUUCUUGGCGAAGGGUGAGCGCGAGGAAGCCUCGCGCGGACCCGCGAGGGUUGGGCGACGAAACCGAAACGUAGCUGGCUGGAGUAGCACCAGACUUUUCUGCACGCUUAGUUGCAAUACGACGAGCGAUUCUAUUGC